CGCAAGCUGGUGAAUUUUUCUUUCGGUUCUUAUUGCGUGUGUUUUCUCAAGAAUUCGUGCACUUGCGAUGUCUCGGCCGAAAAAGCAAAGUGACUUCAUGAUGUUUGCCAACCAUUGGCGUUACAAUCACCCAAAAAUGAGCUUUUCCGAGGCGAUUUCUUACUGCAGCGGCAUUUGGAAUAAUAUGACCAAGCAGGAUCGCGAAAUUUACCAACAAGCUAACCGGCGUUAUGCCGGUGCCUGUAAGAAGCCCCAAAAUACGCUUCCCGAGGUGGAUGAGGCCGCCCAGCGAGUGGAGUACAUGAAGCGCACCAUCGAGCGCAUCGUAAUGGCGGCCAAGAAGUCUCAAGAUUUGGAGAACUUAAAGUUAAUUUUCUGCGCUUUUAACUACUUCACCAAGGAUCCCAAUGACAAUGUCUAUGUGCCCGCCGAGUUCGCCGCCUGCGAGUACUCACUCCAGGAUGGCAUAAAAUCCGUUUUUAGCACUCUGAUAGACCCGGGCCAACUCAGUUUGGGUUUGAGCAGGGAUGCCCAGGAGCAUUCAACGGGCACCCACAAUCUACCGCUGCCGCCCAAGGCUAUGGGCGAGAGCAACCUCCUCAAGCUUUAUAGCCAGAUGAGUAGAUAUCUGGCCAAGCAAUGCGGCUAUGAGCCACCGAUCGUUUUUACCACUAAGGAGUUGAUACCCAUUGUGGAGUCGGGCUUUCGCUUCUUGGCCUGCAGGGGCAAGGAGGAUUUCUUGCUUCAAAUUGAGGUCUUUGACAUUCAGUAUUUGUUUUUUAUCCUCAAGAAGGAGGUUCUGGACACAGUCGGCCUGCCGAAUAAUAAGUUCAAUAUCUAUAUAACGGAUGCCGUUUUUCAGAAGGAUUUCUUCGAGUUUACCAACGAUAUUGCCUGCAAGUUCCACGAGGCGAACGACCGCACCAAGUACUGUACGCAGAGCAUGGUGAUGCGCUGGGCCUUCACCUUCAGCGAUUAUAUGUGCGGCGAUCUGGACAUUACUAUGGAACCCGGCAAGCAUGUUCCAGCCACAGUGAAGCCCAAUUACAGGAUUCAUAAUGCGGAUACCUGGAGCGUGACGCUAGCUGGUGGGUCUUCGUUGGAGUCCUUUCACUCUUUGGCAUCCUUCAGGGACUUGCGAAUCAAUGAGCCCCAGAAAACUCGUCGUCAUCGUUUGGAUAUCUCUGCGAUUAGCAGUGAGUCUGACCUCUUCGAAACCGUGGACCAACACGAGGAGGACAUCGAGCGACAAGCUGGACGUCGUGCUUACCCACACGAGGACGAGGACGAAUAUGAGCCACAAGGCGGACGUCUCCGUAAUCCUUCAAGUAACUCACAGCGCCGCUUUCUUGACGAGUUUUCGGAGGACAACUCACCGAUUAGCAGUCGACGUUCGAGUGAAUCUCGUUCUUAUAAUUACAAAGACCACUCAGAGAUCAAGAAAUAUCAGCAACCCGGUGGACAGCAUCGUAAUCCAUCAGUUGGCAAACAAUGCCGUUCUCUUAAGGAGUUUUCGGAGGAUAGCUCACCGAAUAGGAGUGAGCGUUCGAGUGCAUUUGCUCCCUAUGUAGCCAAGGAUCAAAAGGACUCCACUUUUGAGAUCGAGGAAUGUCGCCGCUCUGACAGACCUCGCCGUAAUCCUUCAAGUAACUCACAGCGCGGCUUUCUUGAGGAGUUUUCGGAGGAAAUCUCGCCGAUUAGCAGUCGAAGUUCGAGUUACCGAGUCGCGGGUCAAAAAAGCUCAUCUUCACAGGUUGAGGAGUAUCGUCGCGAAGGCGAACGACGCUAUAAGGACCAAAAGUGUAGUGUUAAAUAUCCCGAACCAGUUAACUCAAGCCUUUUUUUCUCGGAUGACACAUUUGAAUAUGAAAAUUAACAAUCUGGGGUAAGCGAAGAUCCUCUUGCUUUUUCAUUCAUUUUUAAGAAGAAUUUAAAUGUAAUUUAAUUGGCAAAAGUAGAGAACUAUUACCUGUUAAUCAGAACAUUUAACGAACUCAUUCAUUUGAUUUGGAAAACUUGUAUUUAAGUUAUUUUGACAUCAGAAGUCUUAAACGUUAUUUAUUUUGGUUUAUUAUAAAAAAAAUAAUAAUAAUACAAAUAAACCUCUUAACCGAAUCAUUUAACAGGACAUUUAAACGACCCAAUCGAUUUCUAAAUUGAGAAUUUUGAUUUCAGUUAUUUUUUUCUUUUUUUAUAUAAUGCUAGCGACGAAAAUGUAACUGCCAACUGUUAACCAGGUCAUUUAAACCUUGCCUUUAACAGACACAUUCGUAAUUUGAAAACAGAAACCGAAAACUGUUUGCUUAAUAAACUCUAAUUCAUUUGUAAGCCAUUUUAUAAAAAUCAAGCUUUGAAUAUUCAAACUGUAUUUCUGUUAACCAGGACAUUACACUUAACAGACACAUUCGUAAUUUAAAAACAGAAACAAAAAACGAUUGUCUUAAUAUACUUUGAUUAAUUUGAAAGCCAUUUUAUAAAAAUCAAGCAACUGUAAUCCUGUCAACCAGGACGUUUAACUUUAAGUUAACAGACACAUUCGUAAUUUAAAAAUAUAAAUCAUUUUGUCUAAAUAUACUUUUGAUUCAUUUGAAAACCAUUUUAUAAAAAUCAAGCAAUGACAUUACAAUUGUAGUUCUGUUAAGCAGGACAUUUAACAUUUAACAUUUGACAUUCUUAAUUUGAAAAGAACAGAUGAAUUCGUUAUUUUAAAAUACUUCAUAACUUUUGAUUCUUGUAAACCAGUUUAAAUAAAUCACGCUUUGAUACUAAAA